UUCGUCGCCGCCAGCACUCGAAUAGCCGUUGUUGGUGCAAGCCUGCGCCGGGUGGGGACUGGGGAGGCGGGGAGCCGUAGCGGCGCGCGCAUCACGAUCGACUCGCGCCAUGGCGGGGAGGGAGAGGCGGAGGCGCUCGACGACGCUCGACGGCGACGGUCAGCGGCGGCGGCAAGAGGAGGCGGCGCUCCUCCUCCGGAAGAUCAAAGGGCUCGUGCGCUGGGUGGUCGCGGAGCUGGCCGCCGGCCGCUCCCCGUCCGUCGCGCUCCGCCGGUACCAGAACUACUGCGCCGCCGGCGCGGUCGCCGCGUCCCCGUCCCCAUGCGCCUGCAGCUACGACGCCCCCGUCGGCACGGACGUGCUCUCCCUGCUCCACAAGGAUUACCACGCCUCCCGCCUCAAUGUGCUGCUGAGGGUUCUGCUCGUGGUGCAGCAGCUCCUGCAGCAGAACAAACACUGCUCUAAGAGGGACAUCUACUACAUGUACCCCUCCCUUUUCCAUGAACAAGCCAUUGUUGACCGUGCCAUCAACGAUAUCUGCAUACUCUUCAAGUGCAGCCGGCACAAUCUCAACGUGGUUCCUGUAGUGAAAGGUUUGGUGAUGGGCUGGAUAAGAUUUGUGGAGGGCGAAAAGAAAGUGUAUUGCAUGACAAACGUCAAUGCUGCUUUCACCAUCCCAGUCAGCAUUGAGUCAAUCAAAGAUGUUGUUAGUGUAGCUCACUACGUACUAGCUGUUGAGAAGGAGACAGUGUUCCAACGUUUGGCCAAUGACAAGUUCUGCGAAAGGAAUCAUUGCAUUGUUAUUACAGGAAGAGGCUACCCUGAUAUUCCAACAAGAAGAUUCUUGCACUACCUUGUUGAACAGCUUCAUCUGCCUGCCUAUUGCUUAGUGGACUCAGAUCCUUAUGGGUUUGACAUUCUGGCCACCUAUAAAUUUGGUUCCAUGCAAUUGGCAUAUGAUGCAAACAUGCUACGUGUGCCUGAUAUUCGGUGGCUUGGGGUCUUCACAUCUGACUUCAAGGAAUAUUGCCUUCCAGACUGCUGCCUACUUCGCUUGUCACCUGAAGAUAGGAGGAAAGCUGAAGGCAUUCUCACCAGGUGUUAUUUGCACAGGGAAGCCCCAGAAUGGAGGUCAGAAUUGGAAGCAAUGUUGCAAAGGGGUGUCAAAUUUGAGAUUGAGGCACUGUCUGCAAGUUCCAUUUCCUUUUUGUCAGAAGAAUACAUACCCCAGAAGAUCAAGCAAGGAAAGUAUAUAUAAGAUCGAGCAUGCCUGUACCCGUCCAGAGUUGUGCCUUUCUAAUGAAAAGAGCCUUAUUUUGUUUAGUUAUGCUGCCUGACUGUGGUUUAGUGUAGUGUUACAUAUCUGAUCUUGUAGUAAAGAUAUCCUUCAAGA